AUGACGUUUCCAGGUGUUUGUCUAACUGGCCUGCUAGUGAUUCAUGCAGAUUCUCUCCGUUCGUAUAAUCAUACAGUCGACCAGAUAUGGGUGUUUCUGCUACCGAAGUUCACUCCAUUUGCAAUGUUCUUCCAAAUGUUGAGUGUAUAUAUUACAGUAAUCGCAGCACUCGAUUGCUUCAUAGGUGUUUCACGGUAUUGUGUUUCCAUAAAGUCGUGGUAUUGUACUGUGCAGAGCGCCACAAAAUUGAUCUGGGCCUCUGUUGCUUUCACAGCAGUUUAUAAUGUGAUUCUGUUCGGAGAGCUCGAAACUGUUCGCUGCUUCCAACCUGAACUGAACAUCACACGAUUCGAACUUUGCCCUACAGAAAUGAGAUUAAAUGACGCGUAUAUCAACAUAUACAGGGGGUACAUGUACGCAGCAGUGAUGGCGUUCAUUCCUUUCGUUCUGCUCGUUCUCCUUACUGCUGGUAUUUUGGUGUCUGUGAACGACAAACGAUACGCACCCGAAGCGUUCGGCGAGCAAUCAAUCCACACGAACAGCACAGGCUCAUUCAUCCAUCUUUUCACUCUCUAA